AUGGCUACAGCUAUUGGUAUUGAUUUAGGUACAACCUAUUCAUGUGUUGGUAUUUUUCAACACGGAAAAGUAGAAAUUAUUGCAAACGAUCAAGGAAAUCGAACAACACCAUCAUAUGUUGCAUUUACCGAUAGUGAACGUUUAAUUGGUGACGCAGCUAAAAAUCAAGGAGCAAUUAAUCCAAAUAAUACAAUCUUUGAUGCUAAACGACUUAUUGGUCGUAAAUUUGAUGAUGCCACUGUACAAUCCGAUAUGAAACAUUGGCCAUUUAAAGUUAUUAACGAUAAUAGUAAACCAAGAAUUCAAGUUGAAUAUAAAAAUGAAACAAAAUCAUUUACACCUGAGGAAAUUUCAUCAAUGGUAUUAAUAAAAAUGAAAGAAACAGCUGAAGCUUAUCUUGGUAAAAAAAUUUCAAAAGCUGUUGUUACCGUUCCAGCUUAUUUUAAUGAUGCUCAAAGAAAAGCAACAAAAGAUGCUGGUAUGAUUGCUGGUCUUGAUGUUCUACGUAUUAUUAAUGAACCAACAGCAGCAGCCAUUGCUUAUGGUUUAGAUAAACAAAUUCAAACGGAAAAAAAUGUUCUUAUAUUUGAUUUGGGUGGUGGUACAUUUGAUGUGUCCGUAUUAGUUAUUGAUCAAGGUAUAUUUGAGGUUAAAUCAACAGCUGGUGAUACACAUUUAGGUGGCGAAGAUUUUGAUAAUCGAAUGGUUACACAUUUUGUUGAAGAAUUUAAACGAAAAGCUGGUAAAGAUAUAUCAAAAAAUAAUCGUGCACUUCGUCGAUUACGUACUGCAUGUGAACGAGCAAAACGUACAUUAUCAACACAAUCACAAGCAUCAAUUGAAAUUGAUUCUCUUCAUGAAGGUGUUGAUUUUAAUUCAUCAAUAACACGUGCUCGAUUUGAAGAAUUAUGUAGCGAUCUUUUUCGUUCAACACUUGAACCAGUUGAAAAAGCUUUACGUGACGCUAAAAUGGAUAAAUCAAGUAUUCAUGAAAUUGUACUUGUUGGUGGUUCAAUUCGUAUUCCAAAAAUACAAAAAUUACUUCAAGACUUUUUCAAUGGAAAAGAAUUAAAUCGAUCAAUUAAUCCCGAUGAAGCUGUUGCUUAUGGUGCUGCCGUUCAAGCAGCUAUUUUAACCGGUGAUAAAUCAGAUGAAGUUAAAGAUGUACUUUUACUUGAUGUUGCACCGCUUUCAUUGGGUAUUGAAACAGCUGGUGGUGUCAUGACAGCCUUAAUUAAACGUAAUACAACUGUUCCAACAAAACAAACACAAACAUUUACAACCUAUUCAGAUAAUCAACCUGGUGUUGAUAUUAAGGUCUAUGAAGGUGAACGUUCAAUGACACGAGAUAAUCAUUUAUUAGGUAAUUUUGAACUUUCUGGUAUUCCACCCGCUCCACGUGGUGUACCACAAAUUGAAGUUACAUUUGAUGUUGAUGCUAAUGGUAUCUUAAAUGUAUCUGCUAUUGAGAAAUCAAGUGGGCGAGAAAAGAAAAUAACAAUCAGUAAUAAAGAACGAUUAUCAAAUACUGAUAUCGAAAAAAUGAUUGCUGAUGCUGAAAAAUUUAAACAAGAAGAUGAAAAACAACGUGAACGUAUAACAGCAAGAAAUUCACUUGAAUCCUAUUGUUUUAAUAUCAAAACAAGUGUUAAUGAUGAACAAAUUUCAUCAAAAUUAUCAGCUGAUGAUAAAACAAAAUUAAAUGACAUAACUCAAUCAGCAAUUCAAUGGAUGGAUUCAAAUCAAUUAGCUGAAAAAGAAGAAUACGAACAUAAACUUAAAGAAGUCGAACAAGUUUGUUCACCAAUCAUGACUAAACUUCAUUCAGGUCAGAGUGGUGGUAUGCCAAAUGGUAAUACUCAGUCAAACUCAAAUAGUAAAGGACCAACUAUCGAAGAAGUUGAUUAA